AAGUCGCUCCUAAAUAUCCUGUCAGUCCUAAAAAGCUGAGCUUAUUUUACUUAUUUAUUUAUUUUUCUCUUACGGGAAUGUUGGUAUCUUUGAUUCUGCAAUCACAACGAAUCUGAACCAAAAAAAGAAACCCGCAACGUGCCGGAGUUUCCAUACAAAUCGUCACAGAGGGGCGCUGAAUCGCGGCGAUGUUCGCGUAUCGGAUCGCCAGCCAGAUUCUUCCAAAAUUGUUCACAGCCGCAUCUUAUGCGCGGGCCCUAGGCGCCGACCGGUCUCAUUAUUUCUUUGGCUCCCAGCUGCUUCUCUCUUCAAGUUUUUGUAUCUAGCAGCUAGGGUUUAGAGCUGAUGAUGGCCGAAAAGGACGACGAACUGUUCAUGGAGGACGGCAUUGGCGGCAGCGAUGGUGAUGACGAUGGGGAGAGCAGCGGUGGUGAUAGUGGAAGCGAGGUGGAACAGUAUGGGGAGCCUUCGUCGUCUUUCCGCUCUUACCAGUGGCCCCGAAGCUACAGACAAAGCAUCGACUCUUACACAAUUGCUGCAUCCCCAAGCUUUGGGUUACUUGGAGGCACUUCAAUUAGAUAUUCAAGCCUUGACCUUGGCACACAAAGUGGACAUGAUUUAAAUUUGAAGUCACCGUUACUUUUUGAAAGUAUUUUAGUGAAAGAUGAUCUAGAUAAGAACUUGAAGAGACCGAUCAAUUUAAUAGGCGACGAAAUAAUUUCUUCUCACGUGCAAUUUCACGAAGGACUUGCUUCUCAUGGAUGCAGUGUCACACAGACUGUUUUUAAUGGAAUUAAUGUGCUGGCUGGUGUUGGUAUUCUUUCCAUACCGUAUACAAUCAGAGAGUCUGGAUGGAUUGGGUUAGCAUUCUUGGUCCUUUUUGCAAUGGUUUGCUGUUACACUGGAUUUCUUUUGAAGUACUGUUUUGAGAGCAAAGAAGGAAUUUUAAGCUACCCAGAUAUUGGAGAAGCUGCAUUUGGGAGAUAUGGGCGCCUUUUAAUAUCAAUUGUCUUGUACACGGAAUUAUACUCAUAUUGUGUGGAAUUUAUUAUAUUGGAAGGUGACAAUCUUACAAGGAUGUUUCCUGGUGUUGCUUUUGAUUGGGGGGGCAUUCACUUGGAUUCUUCGCACUUCUUUGGAAUUUUGACUGCUUUGGUUGUAUUACCAACUGUUUGUCUAAGAGAUCUCAGGGUUCUUUCUUAUCUUUCAGCUGGUGGUGUCUUUGCAACUAUUCUUGUUUUCUUUUCUGUUAUUUCUGUGGGGGCAACAGAUGGGAUUGGGUAUCAUCAAACAGGUGAAGUUGUGAGAUGGAGUGGCGUACCUUUUGCUGUCGGAAUAUAUGGAUUUUGCUACUCAGGUCACGCAGUGUUUCCAAAUAUUUAUCAGUCUAUGGCUGAUCGGACAAAAUUUACGAGGGCAUUAGUAAUAUGCUUUUCUUUGUGCACAGCAAUUUAUGGUUCUUUUGCCGCCAUUAGUUUUCUUAUGUUUGGUGAGAGUACACUAUCCCAGAUAACCCUAAAUUUGCCAAAGGAUGCCGUGGCAUCAAAGGUUGCUCUGUGGACGACUGUAAUAAAUCCUUUCACCAAAUAUGCAUUGUUGCUUAAUCCACUGGCAAGGAGUAUCGAGGAGCUUCUUCCAUUGGGAAUCUCCUGUAGUGUUUGGUGCAGUGUGCUAUUGAGGACAGCACUAGUAUUGUCAACCGUAUUCAUCGCUUUUAUUCUACCUUUUUUUGGUCUUGUGAUGUCUCUGAUUGGCUCUCUAUUCAGUAUACUAGUGGCUAUCAUAAUGCCAACCUUAUGCUUCUUGAAGAUAUCAAGGAACAAAGCCACAAAUUUGCAGGUUACUGUAUGCGUGGUUAUUGUAGCUGUGGGCUUCAUCAGUGCGAUUAUGGGGACCUACAGUUCAAUAUCAAAGAUUGUGAAGCACUAUUGAUAUUACAGGUUCCGUGGUAGAGUACUAAAAUUAAUCAAAGCUAUCUCAAAUCUUUUCUUUUUAAAUGUUUAAAGGCUCCAAAUAUCUUUAUGUACUUCAUUAUUGUAGUAAAAUAACAUAAAAGCUCGAGAGUCGCUGUGUCAAUUUGAUAUAAUUUUGUUUGAGAACAGAUAUAAUUUUGUUUAUUUAACUAAAUGUCAAUGAUUUGUUUGGAUUUAAUUUUUUAAA